AUGCUUAGCAAAUAUGAACCCCGGCCGCAUCUGGCCCUGGUCAGGGCUCACCUGCAAAACGUCCAUCAAACAGUCCAGGCGGGUGACGUCGAGAUCGAUGGCGACAGUCUCACAAUUGGUGAGGUCCUGGCCGUAUCAAGGUUUGGAUGUCGGCCGUACCUCACCAAAAAUCAGGAUACCAUCGAGAGUAUCAAUGAAAGUGUGCAGGUGUUGAAGAAAUGCCUGGCCACGGGAGAACCUAUCUAUGGAGUAAACACGGGUUUUGGAGGCAGCGCCGAUGCGCGCACUGGGCGUGUUGUUCAACUACAGAAAGCGCUUAUGCAGCUUCUCCAGAGCGGUAUCCUCGUUCCAGGCGACUAUGAAGUUGGGAGCGACGACUCUCGGUUUUCCUCCGCUUUGCAGAGCCAUGCCAUGCCGUCCGAUUGGGUUAUGGGAACGAUGCUCAUUCGCUGCAACUCUGUGGCUCGGGGUUAUUCGGCUGUCUCGAUACCGGCAAUCGAGGCGAUUCUGCGGCUUAUUCAACAUCACAUCGUUCCAGUGGUUCCGUUGCGCGGGACAAUAUCUGCGUCGGGUGAUCUGAUGCCACUAGCAUACAUCGUCGGGGCCAUUGAAGGCAAUCCCGGUGUCCAUGUCCGUAUGGGCAACCAGGUGUGCACUGCAGACCGGAUGCUAGCCAUGAUCAAUGCCCCGCCCAUCACCCUCGGGCCCAAGGAAGGACUGGGCCUUGUCAACGGGACGGCUGCUGCUGCCGCGCUGGCCAGUUUGGUGAUGUACGAGACACAUCAUCUCGCUUUGUUAGCUCAGCUUGUUACGGCACUGGCGGUUGAGGCCCUGCGUGGUAGUCGUGACAGCUUCAACCCAUUCAUCGCCCAGACGCGACCUCAUGACGGCCAAGUCGAAGCUGCGGCAAAUAUCCUCUCGCUCCUGGAUGGAUCACGGCUGGCCCAGGGCCGGACACCCACAGAGAACGAUCAGUCGCCGGCGCAGCCCACGAAACAGUCGCAACAUCGCCAAGGACUCGUUCAGGAUAGGUACGCGCUCCGAACGGCGAGCCAGUGGAUUGGCCCCCAGCUCGAAGAUCUCAUGUUGGCGGACCGGCAGAUUGCCGUGGAACUCAACUCAACUUCGGACAACCCGCUUGUCGACUGCUCUACAGGCACGAUCUACACAGGAGGCAAUUUUCAAGCGACCUCUGUCACUUCGGCGAUGGAGAAAACGCGAUUGGCGCUACAGAUGCUAGGCAAGCUACUUUUCGCGCAAUGUACAGAAAUGAUCGAUCCAGGACUCAACAACGGGUUACCGACCAAUUUGGUGGCGGACGACCCCAGCCUCUCCUUCACGAUGAAAGGGGUUGACAUCAACAUGGCUGCCUACAUGGCGGAACUGGCCUAUCUCGCUAAUCCAGUCAGCUCCCACGUACAAACAGCCGAGAUGCACAACCAGGCGGUUAACUCACUAGCAUUUAUCUCAGCACGGUACUCGAUGCACGCCGUCGACAUCGUUUCAAUGAUGGCCGCAUGCUCGCUCUACGUCACGUGCCAAGCCUUAGAUCUGCGAGUGUUGCAGCUCACCUUCCUCGAAGCGCUUAUCCCGGUAUGGCAUGACACCCUACAGGCCUCCAUGGGGGCAUUUCUCCCACAAGCCGAAUUGGAUCGGCUUGCUCAGCUUGUGUGCGACGCAAGUGCCGGCGCCUGGGCGGCCCAGUCACGCCUAGAUCUGGACGAGCGAUGCGAACGUGUUGUAGACACGAUGCUCCCCAUCCUUCUGCCACAUUUGAUCCAACAGGCGGAUCCUUCUUGCGCUACUCCCGUAGCCGCCCUGCAGAACUGGAAAACAACGGCCAUAACGAUGGUGAAGACGACAUACUUGCAGGUGGCGAAACGUUUUUACCAGGCACCGGACACGGCCAACUAUCUUGGAUCUGGAACACGGAAAAUCUACCUUACAGUGCGGGAGCGGCUACAGGUCCCUUUCCAUCGUGGAUUCAUUGAACAUCCUACAACUGGUGAUGGCUCCGGUGGGAAAGUUGAUGGGCGGGAGAAAAAGACAGUCGGACAGUGGAUUUCGGUCAUAUAUGAGGCAUUGAGGGAUCAUUGGCUGGCGGGUACACUUGUAGAUGCGUUUCAAUCUUAG